ACGAAGCGAACUGGACGUGCUCGGAGUAAAGCGGCAGCGUUUUCAAAGCCAACUCUGGUGUUAUCUUGCAACAGCAGUGAGAGUGUGUGUGGAAAAUUUAAUUUUGUAUAUUAGAGUUUAAGCUUUGAUGCUUUUAAAUAUAACUCUGCACACGCAUGCACGCCUACAAACAAACAUACGUACAUAUUUAAGUGUACGGAAAUACUGCUGAAACAGUUGAAGUGAAACUAAUUAGAGCUUGUGACCGUUAUAUGCAGAGCUAAAGGCAAACGCAUAUGCUCUUGACUAUCAGUUAAAUAUCAUACACACACACACAGACAUACACACGGACGCACAUAUAUAUAGAGAUAUUUGUAUGAGGGAUUUGUCGAGUGGUUAUUUUUGUCCGGAUUCGCUGUAAUAACGGUUCACAUGCUCAUGCACAAACAUGUUAGCCUAAUCAUCGCGUACAUAAAUUGUGACCGACAAACCAAAACAAAAGAAAGAUGAAGUGAUGGCAGCUACUAGUACGUGUAGUACAUAUAAUGGCCAUGGCAUCUUCCGUCAACCGUCCACACCGUUUUGUGACAAAGUCCUUGAAAAAAUGUGGCAAGCAGCAAAAGAAAUGAAACGCGCGUGUGCGGAAUUGCCUAUCAGUGUAUGUUAAAUCGGUAAUGCUACAACAAUAGCAACAAAAAAUAACAAAUACAGCAACAAAAAUAAUAACAACAAAAACAAAAAAGAACAACAACAUAUACAAAUAAUAACAACAAGAAUAAAAAAAUAACAAUUACAACAACAAGUACAACAACUAAAGAUAAAUUUAAAAAAAUACAACAAAUUUUCGUGCAACAAAUGUGCGUAAGUGCAGACUUUAAUGUUGCGCUAAUGCUCGCUCUGACUUAAUAUGACAUGGCAGUCGGCGUAGAAAUACCAAAAAAAAUAUAUAAAAACAUAACUUGCGAAAAUAUGUCAACUAAGCGCGUGUCAAUGUAGUUUUUUGAUGAGCCACAGCAUAGUUUAACAUUCAACUAGAAGCUCGUCGGCAAAUGCAACACAACAAUGAAAUGCCUGUUGACAACAUGGCCGCGAGCAGAGUGGACGUCAACAAAUUAUUGUUGUCAACAAACGAAAUCGAAAGUGAAUUGUGCAACAACUACAAAUCGGGCAACGAAAAUCAAACAAAGCGCAAAAUGUCACUGGUUUGGGCAAUACAGACAUUCGCUUGCGAGCGACAUCAGCAAUCGGCACAACAAAUGUAUUACAAGAAACCGAAUUACAUGUCAAAAGUGUCACCCAUUAUGCAUGAAAGCGAGUCAGCUGUGCAUCGUGCUUUUACUGGCGUCACUGUUCGUGUUGCAAGCUGAAGUUGUUGCUGGAACGUUGGUGGCUGCCGAGGCGGGGACAACAUCUACGGCAGCCACAUCUGUCAAUUUCAAAAGUAUUAUACGCAUCGGCGACGGCAAUAUUGUCACCAGAGACGCUAUUGAACAGUCGCUGGUAACCGUACAUGAUAUCGCCACCGAAAAUUUGGGCACCCUUUGCAUAUCUACACUAUACCGCCCUUUGCAAGUGCCAAUCAAUUCCGAGCGUUAUGAGAGCGCACGACAAAAGGCCGAUUUGGUGGCCUCAAUAUUGCAGGAGGUUGGAAUCGUACGACAUGGUGGGCUCAGUGAUGCAUUGGCCAAGGGCUUACUUAGUGACGAAUCCACCACUGGCGCUAGAAUUUUAGCACUAAACCUUACCAAUGGUGCUGUGCAGUCGUAUGUUUGGUGGGUGAAAAGUUAUCAUGAGAAGACUGGCGAAUUGCAGCGGUACGAAGAGGAUGGCUUGCAGAUUGGCAAAAAGCCGAUUCAGAGUUAUCCAUGGUUCGACGAUGAGAACACAUCGCCAACUUUACGCUCACCCAAAUUUGCACCAAGCCCACCGAAUAUGUAUUAUAAAGGAUGGUGGACAUUCCCCUAUUUCUCCUGUACAUUAAGUAAAUGGAUACUCUCCUAUAGUAUCGCAAUACCACCGAGUGGACGACACGGUUUACGUGGCUUCAUCAGUAUCGACAUCGAUGUAACCGGUCUGAGGGUCAAUCAGUGUGAAGCUCCCAUUUAUCGUUUAAGUUUCCAGCAAAUGCAAAAUCGACGACUGCACCUCACCGAUACACCAGCUCCCGAAACCAUAGAGGAUAUACAGGCAUUUCAUGGCUCACACAAAUGCCAUCGCGAUACUAUGAAGUGCGACUAUCGCGUCCCCAGUACGGAGACGCCGACAAUAAUCACUAGCAAAAUUCUCUCCACACCAAAUAGCUGGUCACGUGGCGCUUAUCAGUGCCUUUGUCGGCGCGGUUUCUACUCGAUGCGACAUCCCGACGGUUUUAAUGGCACCAUUAUGGAGAUCGCAUGGAAGGAGCAUCAGAAUGUGAGCAAUUAUUAUGCAGACGUCUUUACUUGCCUGCAAUGUGAGCCCGGCUGUGAUUUCUGUACGGGGCCCGAGCCAUGUUUGGCCAAUUAUAAUUGGCCUUUUAGAAUAUCGCUUUUAGUAAUAUCAAUAGGCUGUGCCAUUGGUACUUUCGUGCUGGCAGGUUAUCUUUUCCAUCAUCGCAAAGUAAAAGUUUUCAAAGUGGCCAGUCCAAUAUUUUUACUAAUUACCCUAAUUGGAUGCGCAAUAAUGUAUUUAGAGAUGGUGGCAAUUUUCCCCUACUUGGACAUGACAUGGUGCAUCGUGACAAAGUGGACACGUCACAUGGGAUUUUGUAUCACAUACACAUCUCUGCUAAUGAAAACGUGGAGAGUCUCUCUCACGUAUCGCGUUAAAUCGGCACACAAAGUCAAACUCACCGAUCAACAACUUUUACAAUGGAUGGUGCCGAUUUUACUCGUGAUGCUCAUCUAUUUGGGCACUUGGACCAUUUCAGCUACACCGUAUGCUGAAGUGAUCUACGACCAGGGCGGUUUGAAGUUCAAGCAGUGCUCUUACAAUUGGUGGGACCAUAGUUUGGCCAUCGGCGAGGUGCUCUUUCUGGCUUGGGGCAUACGUGUCUGCUAUAAUGUUCGCAACGCCGAAUCAUUGUACAAUGAAGCUCGUCUCAUUUCUUAUGCCAUUUACAAUAUCGCCAUUGUUAACAUAACCAUGGUCGCAUUCCAUCUUUUCAUAUUCCCAAGAGCUGGACCGGAUAUCAAAUAUCUUCUCGGCUUCAUACGUACUCAAUUUUCUACAACAACAACAAUUGCUCUAGUAUUCGGUCCGAAAAUAUCACGUGUUCUCAAAGGACAAGGUGACAAAUGGGAUCAGAAGGCCAAAGUACGCAGUAUAACUGCAUCGUUUUCGUUGAAUGGCGUUGGCCUGGUGCCCGAAGAGUCUCCGGACUUGUAUCAGGAAAAUGAAGAAUUGAAGGAACAAAUCCAGAAGUUGGCACAUCAAAUUGAGUUCAUGAAGACUGUGCACAUGCAAAUGAAUAAUCGGCAUUUAAAACCAAAACCCGGUGGCUAUUUCACCAUAACAUCGACUUCGUUGCAGGCGCCGUUCAGCAAAAAUACGAUGUCAUCCGCCCAAACACAAACUUCUAAAGGCACUGAGGACUCACUCGGUGGCAACAAAAAUUUGGGCUUCCCCACCCAUUUAACACCGUCAAAAGCCCGCACGCAUAAGGAGAAAGUUUGACGAGAUCAGCGAAGUGUAAAAGAUUGCUCAACUGAAUUUAAUUUU